AUGCUAAACAAAACAACCUCACCCUCUUCAUCUUCUUCUCCAGAAUCACCCCCCUACUAUAACAUUUCCACAAAUACUGAACCAUCUGACCCUCCCUCUCCAACUCUGGCUCAGCUCCAAACACGUGUUCUGGCCUCCCAACAGCCAACACAAUCCAUACCUGAACCAGGAGUCACCUCAUCACCCAUAGAAGAACCAAACACAACCACAUAUGACCCUCCACCAUCUGAAAUAACUCACGCUGAAACUCAACCACCCAACUCUGACAUACCCCCACCAAAUACAUUCGCUGAACCACAAACUCCCACACCCAACCUAAGCCCUCCCACUUCUCCACCCAUAGCCUCUGAACCUGAAAACACCCUUCCAACCCUUGAGGAAGCAAUAAUGGGCCUCUCUGAACAAGUCUGCAACGACUUCAUCAGAGACUCUAAGAUCAGACUACAGGAGCGCCUAGCCAGAGAAGCUGAGGAGCGAGCCCGCAAAGAAGCAAAAGAGAAAGACAAGCAAGAAGAACUGCAAAGGAUCAAGGAAGCUGAAGCCAAAGCUCUAGCUGAUGUCGCUGAAGCUAAAGCACAAGCCAAAGCUGCCGCUGAAGCUGAAGCAUACCUUGCUGAAGAGUCUGCCACCAGGGUAGAACCAGAUGCUCUGACUCAGGGGGAGUCCUCCACUUUUGUCCCUCUGGUUCUAAAGACUCUGGAAGAUCUUCAGAAAGAACAGAAGGAAGUCCGAGCCAGAUUGGAUCAAUAG